GCUGCGGAGCAUCUCGGCCCGGCCGGCCGGGCGCUACAGUCCGCCGGGCGGGGAGCGCAGCCCCACGGGCCGCCGGGCGCCCUGCUCCAGCCUGGCCCCGAUCCCUGCGUCCCGCCCCCCGGCCAGCCCCGGGGCCAAGGGGCCGGAGGCCAGGGGGAUGGCCGCAGCGGGCUCUGCUCAGGUGGCGUUCGAGGACGUCGCGGUCUAUUUCUCCCCAGAGGAGUGGGCAGCAUUAGCGGAAUGGCAGAGGGAGCUGUACCGGGAUGUGAUGAGGGAGAACUACGAGCUGGUCACCUCGCUGGGGUGGCCUGCUGUCAAACCAGAGAUCAUAUGUAAAAUUGAGCAAGAAGAAGAGCCAUGUGUUGGAGACCCUCCACAUCCCAGAGAGUGGGGGACCCCCCAAAGCUUCUGGGCAGUAGAUGAUGGAAUCAGGAUUAAAAAGGAGGAGCAGGAGGAAGACACCGAGACCCCAGAACCUCCCAGUGCAUUCUCGGGAAAGUUGGAGGAAGAGAGCAGCCCGCCGCGGUGUGUGAAGAAGAAGAGCAGCCUGGCUCAAAGCAAAUCCCACCAGAAGCUGCGAAGCCGUGUGGCCAAUGCUCAGGACAAACCCCCGAGGGCUCCUCCCCCAAAAGCCUCUCUAAAGAAGAUUCCCCCGACGUGUCCAGAGUGCGACAAAAGCUUCAAGAGUAACACGGCCCUGACCAUCCACGAAAGGAGUCACACAGGGGAGCGGCCCUUUAAAUGCCCUGAGUGCGGGAAGGGCUUCCCAUCCAAGGGGGACCUGAAGAGACAUCAGAAAACCCACGUGGGGAAGAAGGAUGCUGCCCCCGAGAGAGGGAGGAGCCUUCCUGAGAAGCUGCAGCUCCUCAGGCACCAGAGAAGCCCUCAGGCACCCAAGAGGCCGCACACGUGUGCUCAGUGCGGGAAGAGCUUCAACAAGAGCCGAGACCUCCGAAAGCACCAGCGCACCCACACGGCGGAGAGGCCGUUCCUCUGCCUGCAGUGCGGGAGCAGCUUCCGGCUCAAGCAGAUCCUCGUGUCCCACCAGAAAGUGCACAGGGGAGUGAAGCCGUUCCAGUGCUCGGACUGCGGGAAGAACUUCAGCCAGAAGCACCAUCUCUUGAGCCACCAGCGCACCCACACCGGGGAGAAGCCCUUCUCCUGCACUCAGUGCGGGCACAGGUUCAGCCAGAAGCACCAUCUGAUCAGCCACCAGCGCAUCCACACGGGGGAGCGGCCUUUUGCCUGCACCGAGUGCGGGAAGAGCUUCAAGGACAAGAAAACCCUCAUCAUCCAUGAGCGGAUCCACACAGGCGAGCGGCCCUACAAGUGCAACGAGUGCGGGAAGACCUGCAGCCAGAAGCAGCACCUGAAAAGCCACCAGAGGGUCCACAGGGGCAAGAGGCCACGUGGCGAAGUGGGGGAAGGCCUGGAGGAUGAGGUGGGUUUCUGCCGCCAGAAGGUCCAGGCAGAGGAGAAGCCGUAUCAGUGUGCGGAGUGCGAGAAACGGUUCCGGGACGAGCGGAUAAUGCUGGCGCACCAGAGAACCCACACUGAGCAGGCACUGCUGAAGAGCACCAGGACAGGCGCCAGUCGGAGCCCACAGCCCGUGGUCCAGCAAAAGCCCUUCGCCAGCACCCCACAGUGCAGGGCAAACGUUAGCCAGAAGCCGCCUCUUAGAGCCCACCAGGGAACCCCGGCUGGAAAGAGACCUUUUGUGUGCAAUGAGUGUGGGAAGAGGUUCGUGCAGAGCAGACACCUUGUGCGACAUCAGAGGAGCCACACGUCCGGCCGCUGUCAGACGGAGGAGCUCUGCGGGGAAGGGCUGGGGGUGGCACAGCUGCCCGCCCAGUGCCCUGCCACGUCCUGCUGCUCCUCGUUCCGGAACGCCAUACCUGCUGUAAAUACCUUGCUGGACCACAGGGCCGGCCAGCCCGACUGCACAGUGUCCCGCCAGCAGAAACACGCCUCGGGCCUCCUGCUCCCUCCCAGAGAAGCGAGACACGUGCACAAGCCCCGCUCCCCCGGGGCAGGUCCCCCUCGGGGCUGUGUGGAAGCCGCGGGCGGGUACGAGGUGGGCCGGAGGCGCCUUUCCCCGCUGCAGCAGCCCCGUCCCCAGGCGGGCGCUUGCGCUGCGGAGGGCCCCGGGGUGCGACCCUCGCUCUGGGUGCGGGGCCCUGCUCGGGCCGAGCCCGGCGAGCUCCGGGGCCAGGCGGGGGGAGGCGGCGCCGCGCUACGGGCUGCCGGGAGCUGUAGUUUUUUCUCCCUCCCGCAGCAGGGGGAUGCCCGGUCCCCCCGCGCGGCUCCCCGGGAGAGCCGGAGACCUGCGCGCCCGAGCUCCGGCUGCGCCCCGGGCCCCGCUGCCCCGCGCGCCCCGCGCAGCGCAUCCUGCGCCCGGACCGCUCCCAGCCGGGGGCGCGCCGCCCGUGGAGCCCGGCGCUCGCCCAGCUUGGUCCCGACGCGCCUGCCCGGCCGAGCCCGGGGGACGAUGCCGCGCGGGGGCCGGGCGCAGGUACCGGUGGCAUUUGAGGACGUCGCCGUCUAUUUCUCCCCGGAGGAGUGGGCGGAGUUAGCAGAAUGGCAGCGGGAAUUGUACCGAGAUGUGAUGAAGGAGAAUUACAAGCUCAUCGCCUCUUUGGGGUGUCGGGGUGCCAAACCAGAGAUCAUCUGUCAGAUGGAGCGUGGGGAGGAGCCAUGUGUGGGGGAGCCCCAGGGCUGGAGAGAGAGGAGACCCCAGAGCCCCUGCUCAGCAGGUGUUGGCAGCACCGUUAAAAAGGAGGAGCAGGAAGAGGGAUGUCUUGGUCAGGAAGAUCCCGAAGCACCGGCACCACCAGGGACCGUGUCCGGAAUAAUGGGGGAGAAAGGUCUCCAGCUCUUGGGACUAAAGAGCUGCAAGAGCGAAAGCUUGUCCCGCCGGAAGCAAAGAACCCAGGCCGGAGACCCUCAGGGAAGACGAACCGGGAGGGUGCUAGAGAGGCCUCAUGCAUGCCUGGACUGUGAGAAGAGCUUCAAGGACAAGACGGCUCUGAUAAUCCACCAGCGGAUCCAUACGGGCGAGAAGCCCUUUCCCUGUGCUGAGUGCGGGAAGCGCUUCACACAGAAGCAGCACCUCACCACCCACCAGCGCACCCACACCGGGGAGCGCCCCUUCUCCUGCGCCCAGUGCGGCAGCAGCUUCCGGCUGAGGAAGGUCUUCCUGACCCACCAGCGGGUCCACGCCGGGGAGCUGCCCUUCACCUGCGGCGAGUGUGGGAAGAUCUUCAACCACAAGCACCACCUGAUCACGCACCGCCGCACCCACACGGGCGAGCGCCCCUUCCCCUGCACCCAGUGCGGCAAGCGCUUCACCCAGAAGCACCAUCUGCUGAGCCACCAGCGUAGCCACACGGGCAACCGGCCCUUCUCCUGCGCCCAGUGCGGGAAGAGCUUCAAGGACAAGACGCCGCUGAGCAUCCACCAGAUCGUGCACACCGGGGAGAAGCCGUUCUCCUGUGAGGCUUGCGGGAAGAUUUUCAGCCACAAGCACCACCUGGUGAUCCACCGGAGAACCCACACCGGGGAGAAGCCCUUCACCUGCGCCGAGUGCGGCAAGCGCUUCACGCAGAAGCACCAUCUCGUCAGCCACCAGCGCAUCCACACCGGGGAGCGCCCCUUCGCCUGCUCCCACUGCGGGAGGAGCUUCAAGGACAAGAUCACCCUGAAGCUGCACGUCAGGCUGCACACCGGGGAACGGCCCUUCGCCUGCGCCGAGUGCGGGGAGCGCUUCCGCCUCAGGAAGGUGCUGCUCACCCACCAGCGGGUGCACACGGGGCAGGCCCCGCUGAUAUGCACCGAGUGCGGGAAGAGCUUCAAUCACAUGCAGCGCAUGGCCAUGCACCAGACGAGCCACCACACCCAGCCGGGGCCGUUCCGGAGAGCUCAGCGCAGGGAGAGCUGCUCGGGGAAACCACAGCUCCUCGUGCACCCGCAAGGCCAGCCCGCUGGCUGCUCGGCACACACAGCGACCUUCCAGCCGCACGCACCUGGGGGUUCCCCCUGCCGAACAGGCAGAGAAAGUCCUGGGCCUGACAAACCACCUUCUGCACAAUUAUACACGGAGCUGGCCCCGCGGGAUCGCCCAGAAGAAACCAUCUGACUGCUGGGAGCAGGGAAAGCGUCCCUCACGAGCGCAGUCUGAACACCCCCCGCCCCCCUCCCCGGUCCUGUGUGAUGGGUGUCGUUAAUCCAGCGCUCGCCCUCUGCAGCCCGGCACCGGCGUGAGACAGAAACCAAAGACAGCCAGGCUGUCCCUGAGUUUUCCUGUAAACGGUCAGCGCUCGUCAGCGGGAGAGACGCUUCGCCCUCAAAGGGGGCUGCGGAGACUUGCUUAGGGCUGCGUCUACCUGCAUCAGGCAGCCAAGGAGCGUCCUGGUGGCCGGCGUUCCGCCUGCCCUGCCUGAGACCCAGCAGAGCGAGAAGGAAAAUAUUUAGCACUUAUGCAGCAGAUUAGCAGCCAGCUGCCCAGUGAGAGACACAUGGAGGGCUGCGGAAAGUGGGAGUCUCUGUUGUAGGACAUGCGCGGACAGAGGUGUCACAGCGUGGUAGAACUAGAGAUGGACAAGCCCUGUUAGGUCAUUCGGUCCCUCUCCCAGGGGCUAGCAUUGGAUUGUUUCCCUUCAGCACAUCUCCAGCCCCUUGUCCAGUCCAGUUCCAAGCGGUGGGGCUCCCACCCCGUCCCUUGGCUGACACCCCCAUGCCAAUGCAUCUCGCUGCCAGGAAAUUACUCCUGAUAUUCAGUCCACGGCUUGUCUUUCUCUGUUACAUCCCAUUCUUCCUAGUCAUGCCCAGGUGCCAGUCGUAAAUAAUCAUCCCUCUUUGGUUUGUACGCUCCACGUAUCCAUAGACUGUCAAAAGAUACUGUUAAAGCAGGGCUGUCGCUCAAUCACAGUUAACUCAUGCGAUUAACUCAAAACAAAUUAAUUUGAUUAAAAAAAUUAAUCGCGAUGAACUGCCGUUUUAAUCGCACUGUUAAUAAUAGAAUGCCAGUUUAAAGUUAUUAUAACUAUUUUGGAUGUUUUUCUAUAUUUUCAAAUAUAUUGGUUUCAGUUACAACACAGAAUACAAAGUGUACAGCGCUCACUGUGAAAAAGAAACAAAAGAAAUGGUAUUUUUCAAUUCACCUCAUACAAGUACUGUCAUGCAGACUCUAUUGUGGAAGCAUGUCCUCUGAAAUGGUGGUCAAAGCAUGAAGGGGCAUACGAAUUUUUAGCAUUCUGGCAUGUAAAUACCUUGCAAUGCCGGCUACAAAAGUGCCAUGCAAACGCCUGUUCCCACUUUCAGGUGACGCUGUAAAUAAGAAGCAGGCAGCAUUAUCUCCUGCAAAUGUAAACACACUUGUUUGUCUGAGCGAUUGGCAGAAUAAGAAGUAGGACUGAGUGGACAUGUAGGCUCUAAAGUUUUACAUUGUUUUAUUUUUGAGUGCAGUUAUGUAAAAUAAACAAUUCUACAUUUGUAGGUUGCAUUUCACAAUUAAGAGACUGCACUACAGUGCUUGUGUGCGGUGAACUGAAAAAUUCUAUUUCUUUUGUUUUUUUCAGUGCAAUUAUUUUAAAUCAAAAAUAAUAAUAUAAAGUGAGUUCUGUACACUUUGUAGUCUGUAUUAUAAUUGAAAUCAGUAUAUUUGAAAAUGUAGAAAACCUCUAAAAAUAUUUAAAUAAAUGGUAUUCUAGUAUUGUUCAAUAGUGCAAUUAAAAUUGCGAUUAAUUGCAAUUAUUUUUUUAAUCUGACAAUCAUGAUUAAUUUUUUUUAAUAGUUUGACAGCCCUGUAGUAAAGCUAUGGCUUAGAAGUCAGCGUGCCGGAGAAAUCCCUGUGGGGGAGAGGUUCACUGGAGGCUAAGCUGCCCCCCCAGCCUGCUCCCUCGGGCACCGUGGGGCACUUUGGAACUUUGACAGGUGUCUGGACCCUGCCCCUGGAGGCCCAUCUUCCUGCUCUUGCUGUCCUGCCCUUUGCAGUUGGGUUGCACCAGCUCUGGGAGGCUCCGCUUCCCCUUGGAUGCUGGGGUGGAACCGUGCCCGGGGCAGAGAGACCAGCCACCUGUCUCGCCACCCGUCUCCAGUGGAGGGGUCAGCCCUGGGGACGGAGGAAGAACGCAUGCCAGCCAACUGCAAGUGCGGCAGCAAGGCCGGUGGGCAGGAGGGACCUAUGGGAGAGCAGGAUCCCAGGCCAUUCCGGUCUGGUUAAUGGUGCUCAGACACCAGAGGGACGAGCCCCACGUAAUACCAGGCAAGAGAGAGCAGGAAUUGAAUUACCCCCAGAAGCCAGCUGGUAGCCAGUGAGUGGCCCAGAACACUGAUGCGUUGGGCCCCAGUUGCAAGCUGGGGGGCUGCAUUCUGCGCUAGCUGCAAUGUCGGAUGAUCCUCCAUGCUCGCCCUGCCUGGAAGCGAUUAAUUACCCGUCACCGGGGUGAGGUCUGCGCCAGAGCAGAACGGCGCAGCCUCCUGACAGACGUUCGGCUCGGCCCUGAGAGACACCCGAGCACUCCCCAGCGUGUGAAUCGUGAGACGGGUCAGGCAGUACCAGGUUUACCAUGGCGCCACGGCGCUGGGCCCCCCCACACACACACACUCAGAAGGGCCCAUAACCACAGCCCUGGCAUCUCGAUGGCGGGUCCCACCCCCAGGCUGGAUGGGAUACAGGACCAGGCCCAGCUGCUUCCAUUGCAGACACAGAGAGAGAGAGAGAGAGAGACCUCCCCACCCGCCUCCACCGGCCCAGCCCCCUAUGGGACCCCCACAACCCAGCCCCACAGAGACCCACUGCCCCCAGCCCCACAGAGAGAGAGGGACUGGCCCCCCGGGACCCCUAGCCUGUCCCACCAUACACAGAGCUCCCAAUGACACCUCCCCACACACAGCUCCUGGGACCCCCCAGCCCAGCCCCACAGAGAGAGAGAGAGAGAGAGACCACCCCCCCACACAACUUCCCCUGCCGGCCCCUUGCUCUGGGAACCGCCCCCCCCCCCCCGCCAUGCCCUGCCCCAUUGUCCCUGGCCGGCCCCUCAUCCCUGGGGCCCCAAAAAUAUGUUUGGCGCCGAGCUCGCAAAAAGUUCCCCCGGGCCUUGCUGGGUGCCGUGUUGGCCGGUGGUUCGCCGGUGCUGGAGGCUGCAGGUCACCCCCCGGUCGCGGCCGUGGCCUGCGGCGUGUAACCCGGGCAGCUCGCUGGCAGACAAGGCGGUGAUGGAACCAGUGGCUCUGUGGGCGGGAGUCUUGCUGCCAAAUGCGUCUGGCAGGGAGGCGCCCCAGCGGUGCGUGGCACGUGGAGCUCGCACGUGGUGACUUCACGCUGCUGCGCGGACAUCACUGCGUGUCUCCUUCGCGGGGUGAGGGGGGUACCAGUGCCAGGCCCAGGGGCCGGCGGCAGCUCCGGGCUCAGAACAGGGGAAUCCCUGUUUGCCAGUCGCAAAUGUGGCCGCUCCGGCCUGCUGCGUGCUCCCAGUGGAUGACGGGUAACGGCUGGGCGACAGCGGGCUAGUGCAGAGGGCCCGUGUCCCUUUCCUGCGACGAAAUCCCCCCGCAGAGCCGACGUCCCGCCCUGCUGCAGCUGCAAACGUUCAAUAAAGGCGGCCUGUGUACAGA